ACACUUCAACAAAUGCAGCCACCUCCGUAGCUCGCAAGCCAACAAAGUCGGAACAUUCAAGUUCUUUAGACAAUUUCGUGGUUUAUUUGCCACUAUGCUUUACAUGUACUUAUGUGGGAACAACUAGCUACCCCAUUUAAUUUAAUAUAUACGUUGUAAGUCAACUAGCUGGCUGGUUAAGUUAGCACUAGUCUAGUCGCUAAUGCUAACCAGCUAUUAUCCCCGACCAUGAGUUCACUAAGCUACUCUCCUCCUGCUAAAGAAGAGCUGGGCUGCUGGAUGGAGAAGGAAGCUCUCGUCAAAGACGAGGAUGAAGAGGAGGCUGUUACAAUACAAAAACAAGUAGAGGGUGAGGCUGUUACAGUGAAAGAAGAAGAGAAAGACGUUACAGAGAAAGACUCCUUCAGAGUGAAAGACGAGGAGGAUGUUACUGUGAAAGAAAAGGAGGAAGAUACAGUUUUGGAAGUGGAGGAUGAAGUGAAAGAAGACGUUUUUGGAAUGAAGGAUGAAGAGGGGGAGAUUACUGUCACAUUAGAGGAGGAUGAAGAAGAGAAGACUGGAGAUCUGAUUAACACCAGUAAAUACAGAGAGCGACGGGACUAUCUUGGAUCCUCUGGGAAGCCUCAACAACAUCAUGAUGCUGACGAGGCAGAGAAGAGUCUCUCCAGAUCAGAACUCCUCAAGAAACACCAGCAGAGACCCAAAGGAAAGAAACCUCACUGCUGCUCUGACUGUGGGAAACAUUGCAAAUCUUCAUCUAAACUUAAAAUACACCAGCGAAUACACACAGGAGAGAAACCUUAUAGCUGUAAUCAAUGUGGGAAGAGUUUUACUAAUUCAAGUAAUCUGAAAACACACCAGAGAACACACACAAGAGAGCAACCUUACAGCUGUGAUCAGUGUGGCAAGAGUUUUACUCAGUCAACCAACCUGGUAUCACACCAGAGAACACACACAGGAGAGAAACCCUAUAGCUGUGAUCAGUGUGGCAAGAGGUUUACUCAGUCAAGUAGCCUGGUAUCACACCAGAGAACACACACAGGAGAGCAGCCAUAUAGCUGUGAUCAGUGUGGCAAGGGUUUUACUCGGUCAACCAACCUGGUGUCACACCAGAGAACACACACAGGAGACCAGCCGUAUAGCUGUGAUCAGUGUGGCAAGAGUUUUACUAAUUCAAGAAAUCUGCUACUACACCAGAGAACACACACAGGAGAGAAGCCAUAUAGCUGUGAGCAAUGUGGGAAAAACUUUUCUCGAAUAGGGUACCUUAAAGGACACCAGAGAACACACACAGUAGAGAAGCCUUAUAGCUGUGAUCAUUGUGGAAAGAGUUUUACUCAGUUAAGCAAGCUGUUAUCACACCAGAGAACACACACAGGAGGGCAGUCAUAUAGCUGUGAGCAAUGUGGGAAAAUCUUUUCUCGGAUAGGACACCUUAAAGGACACCAGAGAACACACACAGGAGAGAAGCCUUAUAGCUGUAAUCAAUGUGGGAAGAGUUUUACUCAUUCAAGUAAUCUGAAAACACACCAGAGAACACACACAGGAGAGAAGCCUUAUAGCUGUGAUCAGUGUGGCAAGAGUUUUACUCAGGCAAGCAACCUGGUAUCACACCAGAGAACACACACAGGAGAGCAGUCAUGUAGCUUUGAGCAAUGUGGGAAAAACUUUUCUCGGGGAGAACGCCUUAAAGAGCACCAGAGAACACACACAGGAGAAAAGCCUUAUAGCUGUAAUCAGUGUGGCAAGAGAUACUCUCAUUCAAGUGGUCUGAUUAAACAUCAGAAAAUACAUGCAGGAGAUCCACAGAGUGUAGAAUGAUCUCCAACACCAGACCUGGGUAGUAGAACACAGAGUGUAGAAUGACCUCCAACACCAGACCUGGGUAGUAGAACACAGAGUGUAGAAUGAUCUCCAACACCAGACCUAGGAUUAA